UAGUAAUAAUUAAUGUUCCUUUUUAUAUCAUACAUUUACUAAGUUGUUCAUUAUAUAUAAUAAUCUAACCAACGUAACCUAAAAAGAACAAAAUUAAUUAUUACUAAACUCAACCAGAUCUUCUAUGCUGUCCAUUACGCAUUUUUUACAAUAGGCAUUAAUUGUAUUUGAUUUUUUCGUAUGACUGUGUAUGAGGAUCGAUGAAUAUUAUUGGUUUUAAAUAUUUACAUACAUGUAAAAAUUUUAAAAAUCUUGUUUAUGCAACGAAAUGAUUUAAGUUUUUCAUUUAUAUAUAUAAUAAUUACUACGAUUCUGAAUAAAUUUUCUAUUGAAGUAAUUUUUUAUAAUAACAAAUAUUGUCUUAUACGGAUCAAUUGACAUUAUUUGUAUUCGUAUUAAUUUUGUAUGGUAUCCAAUUAAAUUUCAGUUGUCAUGAUUUGUGGCACUAACCUAAAAUAAAUGACGUACGAAUGUUACUAUAAAUAGAUUGUUGGAAAGAAAUUGUAAAUUUUGUUGUAUUUAAUUAUAUAAAAAAAUGUUGAGGAGAAGGCACGUUAACAUUAAGACUGUGAAAGAACUUGAUGCAUUUCCUAAAGUACCUGAACCAUAUGUAGAUAAAACUGCAGUUGGUGGGACUUUUUCUAUUUUUACAUUUUGUAUUAUAGCUUAUUUAAUAAUAGCAGAAACAAGUUAUUUCCUUGAUAGUAGAUUACAAUUCAAAUUUGAACCAGAUACAGAUUUUGAUGCUAAAUUAAUAAUUAAUAUUGAUAUAACUGUGGCGAUGCCAUGUAGUCGUAUAGGAGCAGAUAUUUUAGAUUCUACGAAUCAGAAUUUAGUAGGUUUUGAUACUUUAGAAGAAGAAGAUACUUGGUGGGAGUUGAGUCCAGAGCAAAGAUCACAUUUUGAAGCUUUGAAAUAUAUGAAUUCAUAUUUAAGAGAAGAAUAUCAUGCAAUCCAUGAAUUACUUUGGAAAUCUAAUCAAAUUACAUUGCGCAGUGAAAUGCCAAAAAGAACUCACGAACCAUCAUAUAAGCCAGAUGCCUGUCGAAUUCAUGGUAGUAUAAAUGCGAAUAAAGUAGCAGGAAACUUUCACAUAACUGCUGGGAAAUCUUUACCUCUUCCAAGAGAUCACAUACAUAUUUCUGCAUUUAUGACUAGUAAAGAUUACAAUUUUACUCAUAGAAUUAAUAAGUUUUCUUUCGGAGGGCCUAGUCCUGGUAUUGUACAUCCUCUUGAAGGAGAUGAAAAAAUUGCUGACAAUAAUAUGAUGCUAUAUCAGUAUUUCGUGGAAGUAGUUCCUACUGAUAUAAGAACUUUAUUAAAUACAUUUAAAACAUAUCAAUAUAGCGUAAAAGAUCAUCAAAGACCUAUCGAUCAUUUAAAAGGAUCUCAUGGAAUACCUGGCAUAUUUUUCAAAUAUGAUAUGAGCGCCUUAAAAAUAAAAAUUACUCACCAACGUGAUACUAUAGCACAAUUUUUAGUAAAAUUAUGUGCCACAGUUGGAGGUAUAUUUGUUACAAGUGGUUUGAUAAAAAAUAUUAUACAAAGUUUUUGGUAUAUCAUGGCUUGCAAACUUUUCCAACAUGAGCCUGAUAUAAAUAACCAAAGAGCAUCUGUUUAUUCUGUCUCAAGAAAUUAUGAAAGUCCGCAAACUAUAAAUUUACUUCAAGUUUCAGCACCCGAUAAUAUUGAUAUUAUGUUAAAACCUCAGGGAAACAAUUAUAUAAAUUGAUUUCACUAAACUUUGACCUCCAUUAUGGUUUUAAUAUGCUGCAAUAAUUUCUGCUAGAUACCUAACAUAUUUGUUAAAUUUAGUAAAUAUUGUGAUAUAAUUAAUACAUUCAAGUUUGACGCAAUUUUACGUCAUUUCAAAAUGUGUAGCAAAAAGUUAGUAAUGUUAUCCUACACAAUGAAAUAUUAAAUUUUAAUUAUUAAUUUAUUUUUUCAAUUUUGUUUGAUUAUUAAAGUAUUUAUUUUUAUUGUAUUUGUUCGUGGAACUUGUUAAAUUUGAGUAUUAUUUUUUAAUUUAAGAAAAUGUAUAUUUUAAGUUAUUAUUAUAUACGCGGUAUCCAACUAAACGUCUUGCAAAUGCCGCAAAUUCACAUUUAAUUGCAAAUAUAAAUCUAAUAUAAAUAA